CAGAGGAACAGGUUAAUGAGACAACCUAACCUGGACUGGGGGUGUUCCUUUGCUUCCUUCACUCGCCUCAAUGACUACACCCUGAAGCAGAUGAGUAACCGCACGGGCAGCAGGAGGCAGAGAGCUGCGGAGGAUGGAGAGCAGAGUCUCAUUGGACCUCCAUCCGGACGUGCCAGGGACAACCUCCUGGACCAAGACGUCUCUACCCCGUUUUUCGUCUACUUGUUGGCAUUUUUUUCCGCCCUGGGAGGAUUCCUCUUCGGGUAUGACACGGGGGUGGUCUCUGGAGCGAUGCUGCUCCUGAAGAAGGAGAUGCACCUGAGCGCCCUGUGGCAGGAGCUGCUGGUGUCCAGCACCGUCGGAGCCGCGGCGCUCUCCGCCCUCAGUGGAGGCUUCCUGAAUGGGUGGCUGGGGCGCAGGAUUUGUAUCCUGAUCGCCAGUUUCAUCUUUUGUGGCGGUGGGAUUAUUCUGAGUGUUGCCCAGAACAAAGGGGUCCUCCUUGUUGGCAGGAUCACAGUGGGCUUGGGCAUUGGUCUCGCAUCUAUGACGGUUCCUGUGUACAUCGCAGAAGUCUCCCCUCCACACCUGAGAGGCCAGCUGGUCACCAUUAACUCCCUCUUCAUCACUGGUGGCCAGUUCAUUGCCAGUGUGGUGGAUGGGGCUUUCAGCUACCUGAGUCAGGAUGGCUGGAGGUACAUGCUUGGCCUAUCCGUCCUUCCAGCUGUGCUGCAGUUCUUUGGCUUCAUCUUUCUGCCAGAGAGCCCCCGCUGGCUCCUGCAAAAAGGCCGGAAUCAGGAGGCUCGUCAAGUCCUGGGCCGGGUCCGGGGGAACCAGAAUAUCGAGGAGGAGUAUGACAGCAUCAGAGCCAGCAUCGAGGAGGAGGGGAAGGAAGCGGGAUCAGGAGGCGUUGUCAUUUUGCGCAUCCUCAGCUACGGCCCGACUCGCAGGGCGCUCAUCGUUGGCUGUGGCCUCCAGAUGUUUCAGCAGCUGUCUGGGAUCAAUACAGUCAUGUACUACAGCGCAACCAUUCUGCAGAUGGCAGGGGUGCGGGAAGUCAAGCAGGCGAUCUGGCUGGCUGCAGCAACCUCAGCUACAAACUUUGUGUUCACCUUGGUAGGAGUGUGGCUUGUGGAGAAAGUAGGCCGCAGGAAACUGACGCUGGGCAGUCUUUUAGGUACUGGACUCAGUCUGACUUUGCUGGCAGUCGGGUUCCUGCUGUCGGCCCAAAACUCUCCUCCUGUUACCCUCCACCCUGUCGACUCUUACAAUUCAACCUGCAGACUUUAUGGGUCCUGUGAACUGUGCAUGUUGGAUCCAGACUGUGGAUUUUGUUACCUUGAAAACGGCACCAGUGUGUUCGACUCUUCCUGCGUUCCUGUCAAUCCAGGAUCAACUGAUAAUGCAGCCUGGGGAAGAUGUUCUAAUAGGACAGAAGAAUCUGGCAGCCCAUAUUGGGCUUACAACUACUGUCCUACAUCGUACUCCUGGAUGGUCCUUUUGGGUCUCAUCCUCUACCUUGCUUCAUUCGCUCCAGGUAUGGGCACAAUGCCCUGGACAGUAAACUCUGAGAUCUACCCACUGUGGGCACGCAGCACCGGGAACGCCUGCUCCGCUGGUGUCAACUGGAUCUUCAAUGUCCUGGUGUCUUUGACAUUUCUUCAUGUUGCAGAGUAUCUGACGUAUUAUGGUGCGUUCUUCAUGUACGCGGGCCUGGUGGUGUUGGGUCUCCUUUUCGUAUUCUGCUGCCUCCCAGAGACAAAGGGUUUACAACUGGAGGACAUUGAGAACCUGUUCACCAGGCAGCUCUGCUCCUGCGGAGACUUGCCGGGAGACGACAGUCGCCAUGUCCACUACAUCCGGGUAAAAGGCAGCAACUACCUCCAUUCUGACAAUGAGACCUCAGACGUAGAGUAGACCGGGCAGAUUUUUUGUUUUCUCUUUCCGCUCUCUUUCAAUUCUGCUUUCUUUUCUAUUUGAAGACUGCUCCUGUGGCAAGGAAGGAUAAUCAUGUUGCCUUCUAACUGUGAUUAGAAAACACUGGUGGACUAUAACUAUUCUGCCUUGCUUUAGUGAUUAAUAUGUCAGUGAUUUUUGUUCCAUCUGAAACAAGCCUCUUCAGUCCUAAUGUCGACAUAGACCGAUUGUGUCUCAGAAAACAUUUUAGGACACAACCAACGACAUGACAACGACAAUCAUCUAAAGCGACCAAACCUUCAGUUCCUCCUUAGCCGUUCUGGAGACUCUGAUUUACAGCUGCGGCGAGGAGCUCUGCAUGAUCCUCCUUUCUUGGGAUAGCCUGGGAGAGUUCAAACAUGGGACACCAGCAAGAAUGUGUUUGUGCACUUUUCUCCUAAAAUCCAUGAAGAUUCUCAAUGAUUUUCACCACAUUUCAGCAAAACACAUUCUUGUUAAAUUCACUAACAUGGGUUUAUUCUCUUAAUCUGCACUGGUGGGAAAGAAAACAACCAACUUUAGUUUGCUGUUGUCCUCGCAGUGACUAUGUAAGCCAAAUGGUUUUUUAUAAAUCCAAAUUCCUUUUUUUAAUUAUGUUUUAGAAAGUGUACGUUUUCCCACAUUAUUUGUUUUUGUUUUUUUAGCAAUCUUCAGAUUUCAGCCCGGCAUACUAUGGAGCAGUGGAGUCAGACUGUGCCAUAGCCUAUAUCACUAUAAGUACAGCCUCAAGGUGAAGUGCUUAAAGCCUUGCCACUGUUCUGUAAAGAUGCCAGAUAUCAUAUGUUAACGUACUAUCAUAUGUUCUUGUUCUUGCAGCUCAGAUAAUCGUGGCCAAGUAUCCCUGAACAACUUAAAAACAGAAGUAAUUUUUACAGAAAGUCUAUUUUAAUCACUGGUCCAUUUCGAUGUGUGCCCGUUUGACUCCAUGGUACUGUGGGCAUGUUCAGAUUUGACAGGAUUUCUUACUAAAAUCAUUCUUAUGAUGUUGAGAUGUUUUUUAUGCAGUACAGUCCUUGAAGUGUUUGCAUAUUGCACAAAACUUAGGAACACAUUUGUAUCAGUGUGUUUUAUGGUGAAAGCUAUUUUCUUGUCUUGUAAUGUCGUAUAGGUCGUCAGAGGAACCGUGAAAGCAUUCCUCCAUAUGCUUUGCAGUGUAAAAAUCCUAAGUUCAAAAAUAAACAGUUAAUUAUGUUCUGCCAACAUA